AUGCAAACGCUGAACGGCGAGAGGAAGAGCCAGCUGGAUGUGAGAGAUGACGACGAUUUCCUCAGCCUCAGCGAGCUCCCAGAAACCUUCCCUUCUGACCCUCCGGAGCCUUUGCCUCACUUCCUGUUCGAACCUGAGGAGGGCUACAUCGUCAAGAAUAAACCCGUCAAUCUCUACUGCAAAGCAACACCUGCCACACAGAUUUACUUUAAGUGCAACAGCGAGUGGGUCCAUCAGAAGGACCACACCGUGGAGGAGAGGGUGGACGAAAACUCAGGUCUCGUGGUAAGAGAAGCCAGCAUAGAAAUAACGCGGCAGCAAGUCGAGGAGCUGUUCGGUCCUGAAGAUUAUUGGUGUCAGUGCGUGGCCUGGAGCUCCGCCGGAACCACCAAAAGCCGAAAGGCACAUGUCCGCAUUGCAUACCUGAAGAAGGCAUUUGAGCAGGAACCCCUGGGAAAGGAAGUAUCCCUGGAGCAAGAAGUGCUGUUACAGUGUCGCCCUCCGGAGGGCAUCCCGGCUGCUGAGGUGGAGUGGUUAAAGAAUGAGGAGAUAAUCGACCCGGCGGAGGACAGGAACUUCUACAUAACCAUCGACCACAACCUGAUCAUCAAGCAGGCGCGUCUGUCCGACACGGCCAACUACACGUGCGUGGCUAAAAACAUCGUGGCCAAAAGGCGAAGCACGACGGCCACGGUUAUCGUUUAUGUGAACGGCGGCUGGUCGACAUGGACCGAGUGGUCUGUGUGUAACAGCCGCUGUGGACGAGGCUUCCAGAAGCGAACCAGGAGCUGUACUAACCCCGCCCCUCUCAACGGUGGACUCCCCUGUGAUGGACAGGCCAUACAGAAGCUGCCCUGCACCACACUGUGCACUGUGGACGGUGUGUGGACAGAGUGGAGCAAGUGGUCGGCCUGUGGGACGGAGUGUACGCAGUGGAGGAGGAGGGACUGCAACAACCCGGCUCCUAAAAACGGCGGAAAGGACUGCGAGGGACUCGUGCUUCAGUCUCAAAACUGCACCGAUGGACUCUGUAUGCAAAGUUCAUUGUUGCAGAAGUCCACUGAGCCCAAAGAAAAGAAUGAUUUGGGAGUGUCAUCUGCCCCGAGCACAGACGACGUGGCUCUGUACGUGGGCAUUGUCAUCGCCGUCAUUAUGUGCCUGUUCAUCUCCGUCAUCGUGGCCCUCUUCGUGUAUCGCAAGACGCACCGCGACUUCGACUCGGACAUCAUCGACACCUCGGCGCUGAACGGAGGCUUCCAGUCGGUCAACAUAAAAACAGCCAGAUCAGCUGAUCUCCUGACAGCCCCCCCUGACUUGACGAAUGCAGCUGCCAUGUAUCGCGGUCCAGUGUACGCCCUUCACGACGUGUCGGAUAAGAUUCCAAUGACCAACUCCCCUCUCUUGGAUCCUCUUCCCAACUUGAAGAUCAAAGUCUACAACUCCUCUGGGCUGGUCACACCACAGGAUGACCUCGGAGGAGACUUCACAUCCAAACUUUCUCCUAAGGUAACUCAGUCUCUGUUGGAUAACAGUGACACCAUGAACUUUCGCAACCAGAGCCUGGCCCGAACGCGAGAUCCUUCCUGCACUGCUCACGGAUCCUUCAACAGCCAGGGAGGACACCUCAUUGUGCCCAACUCUGGUGUGAGUUUGUUGGUUCCAGCGGGUGCUGUUCCUCAGGGCAGGGUGUAUGAGAUGUAUGUGACUGUGCACAGGAAAGACAGCUUGAGGUAA